AUGGGCACUUCUGCAGAAGUGUUGUCUUCUGCUAGACUUUUCCUUCUCUUACUGCUUUUAUGGACUGUCAAUGCAGAGAAAGGAUCUGUCUUACCAGCUAAUACCCAAUACGAGGCUGGGUAUAUUUACAAGUAUCAUUUCAAUAGUGAUGUCUCACUACAUAGCAACAUCAGAGCUGCAACAAGUCUGCAGGUCGAUUUAUUGGUUUUAUCUGAGAAGGAUCAAGUGCAGCAUCUUGCCCUUACAUUCUCUAAUUUGAAUCUAACCUGGCAUACAUCAGACAGUAGUAGAGAAGACCGACCUUUUGAAGAUAUAAGCAAAUGGUUUUCUGUUUUUCGAGACUAUUCUGGUCAUGUUCAAAUUAUCCAGUACCCACAGGCUGAGAGAGGUAGCUCAGUGUUGAGUAUUAAGAAGAUGAUCACUCAAUUGAUCUCUAUUGAGGAUGAGAGCUUUGCUUCUGCUGGUGACUCUUUUAUUCAAAAUUAUGUACUGAAUCAGAGUGGUGCCAAGAAAAACUGUAGCAAGGUGUAUCAGUUUGAUGCCAGUGGUUGCUUAAAAACUGUUGAGCUAUCAGAAUAUAUAAUUCAAGAUCAAUCUAAAGGGUAUACUGGAUUUAUUGAUGGUCUUAAGUCAUUUAAUAAAUUGACUUUGAUUGGUAAAGAGCUUAAUCAAUCUCCACUUCCAUCAAUACCAGUUAAAUUGAUGAAUGAAACUCUAAAGUCAGCUCACAGCCAGGCAGUGGAAAGAGUUCCUUUAUCAUCAGUAUAUGAAGGCAUCGUUCAGCAUCUCUCAUGUACAUCAACUUCCUCUUUUUGUCAGAAAGAAUUGAUUAAAAGCUUACAUCUUCUUUCAAGCAGAGACCUGAAGCUCCUGGUUAAAAGAAUUGAAGGGUCUUUUCAUUCAUCAUCAGAAAUACUAACACUCAUUGAUGCACUAGUAAUGUGUGAUGUGUGUAACACUACAGACCUUCUUACCAAUACUGUACUGGCUAAUAAGAGCCAAUCUGAUGCAGUACUGCAGAAGACACUGCACUACUUUGCUACUUCAACACUACCUGUAAAGGAAAAUACAGUGAGAGUCAUCAAAAGUAUGAUAGAUGGAGGAAUAAUCUCUAGCUUGACUAAGAAGAAGGCAUUUCUGACACUAGGAGCUAUAGCAAUGUCUGUAAAAGAUGAGACUCCACAACUAUCCCGUGACAUUGUGGACUAUUUGCACAAGUACUUGAAUAGUGCCUCUCCAUCCCUCCAUGAUGCUUCAGUCAUUGAUGGAAUUGGUAAUGCAGGACACAAGACAUCACAGAGCAUCCUUCAUCAUUAUGCUAAAAAGGAUAAAAGAAGUCAUGUUCAACAUGCUGCCAUAAGAGCUCUUAGACACAAUCAUGAUACUGAGACUGCUGAUUUACUCCAAGAUUUAGCCAAGGGUUCAUCCAGUGGUGUAGUACAACAUGCUGCAGUGUCUAUGUACCAGAAGCACCAUUUGGCCAAGCGAGACAUUUUAACUGAACUAAAAUCAAAGGUUCAAAGGUCACGGCGUAGUGUUGCUGCUGCUGCUGAUGCUAGUGGAGUAUACAAUACCACAAUGCCUCCAGUUCACUGGAGCACUGCCUUUGGAGAUGAUAAUAUUACUAUGAAUAUGGACAGGACCAUACAUAAUCAAUUCAGCCUAUCUACCGACCCAUAUUCAACUAACUAUGUACUAUCAAUGAGAGAUGAGACUUCAUUUACUGUUGAUCUCCAGCUAUCCUCUGGCAUACAGCACAAUCAGUUUCUUAGAACUGAGCUCUGUCUUGAUGGCAGAGUAUCAUACAGCACUAACAUGCUAACAGAUUUCACUAUUUUCGGCAUUAGAGAUCAGCACAGCCAGUUCAUGGUUGUUAUUAAUGAUCUGAUACAGAAGUUCUCUCUUGCCUAUGAUGCCUUUGUUUCAUCUCAGUCAACUUAUUCGUCUGUGACCUCAAGGUUUUCUCCUGCUCUCACGUCAAUUGAGUCAUCAUUCAGUCAAUCAUCUGAGUAUCUCUCUCAGUUUCAUUUUUCCAUUGAUUCGAUCUCUGAUGGUAUCAGAUUCAAGAAUGAUAUUAAUGAUCUUUCGCUGAUACUGAAUUCAACACUGAGCAAUAUUAUGAUCUCAUAUACAAGCACUAAGCAGUCAGUUCCUGCUUCAGUUGGUGAUUUAUCGUAUGAUCUGGUCUCUGUAUUGACACCAAGUGGAGAGUCAUUCAUUCAGAGUACAUCAUAUGUUCCUCUGCUUCGUUUUGCUCCUCAAGAAGCUUUAGCAAACAUCUAUCAACUCUACUGGGAUACUGAGAAAGGUUUGGUGCAAUUGGAAUCACAAGUAAACUCAGUGAAAGAUGUCACUGGCAGGCUUGGCUCUAAUAAGGAAUGGACUGAUCCUUCAUUGAGACUGUGGUCCUUGAAUGAUAGUAUCACUGAUGUUCAUGAUGCCAUUCUACUGAGAAUGAACACAAAUGCCAGUGAGGACAAUGAUUUACGUCUACUGUCUGAAGCUAUUGUAAGCUACCUUCAACCUGCUCUCUAUGCUUUACUGGAUGCUCCCACUCCACUCUACAAUGCAAGACAGUCACUGAUAAAAUCUUUUACUGCUACUGACUCUGCUUUUGACCUACUGACCAUUGCGUAUGAAGCUACUCGUUCAAGUCUUGAUACCAUAUUUGGUCAAGUUGUUCAUCCUGGGUUUCCAGUUUCCCUAAAGCCCUGUGACGAGACCUAUGGGUGUGGUUAUUAUCCCAGCACAACUGGUGACCUUUAUAGAAAUGGAAUUGACCUGACUCUACAGGGAGAAAUGAUUAUAGCUCCUUUUUCUGGUUACGUCCAGUUAUUUGAUGACUCUGUUUUACACAACAGUAGUCUCUACUCUUAUAGCCCUAAUAACACCAUCAUGAUAACACCAACUGAGUUUUCAAUGGAUUCUUAUACCAUCAUUAUUUCAAACAUGAUCCCAUCAAAUGUUCUUUCUUCCAGCCCAUUAUUCAUCAAAGGAGGCAUGGAGCUUGGUUCAGCUAGCUCACUUGCUGGAAAAUCAACCAUUCACGUUGAAGCCUACAAAUCAACAACCGAAGCUCCCGGAACACUUUACCCCCAGGACCCCUCUCAGUUCCUUCCCCGGACUGUAAACCCCACUGCAUCUGUCAGCUGGAGCUGUAAUGAGAUAGCUACAAUCAUUAAUGGAGCAGUCGUUGAUUUGACUACUGCAGUCACCAAUGAGCCAGUGCAGACUCUAGUUGGGGACCCACUGGUGGAUUUCAGUAUUGCACACGAGUUCCCUCAACCUUAUGACAUAAUUCUAAAAGAUAAUAAGACAAUAUCAUCUCAGACUAACGUUGCUUUUUUUGAGAGUUCUACAUCGUUAACAGUCGGUCCUAUACCAGUCUCUUUCACAUUCACUUCAACUGGUCAUUAUAUGACAAACUUCUCAUUUGAGUCUCAGUUCCUCUCAGAGGAGGUUGAGGUCAGACUGAGUCCUCAGGUCUGGUCAUCAGUCAAUGGUAGCAUGAGAGUUGGUUCAGCUACUUUUGCACUAGUAGAGAUAGGGGGGACACUCAUUGAUGCAACACUCCCUCUCACUAUCAAGCAAAACUUUAGCACAUGGCCACUAACAGCCAGUUGUGAUAUGGAGUUGAUGACUGAUAAUACGAGAAUGAAUCUAACUACUAAACUAGCUCAGUUGACUGGUGGAGGUGGGGGAGUAUCUAACGAAGAAACACUUGACUUUCAAGUUCCCUGGGAGUACUCAAUACCUUACAUUAACAGAGAUGAGUUUGAGCAAACAGGCACCUUAGCCGAUCCAUCUCCCCCAUAUUUUCUCUCCCUUGCUCAUCGUAACAAUUCCUACUGUCACGUGGAGCAAUUGAUUGGACGGAAAUAUCAUAAUCCUGCCUUUGAAUUAGAGUUUCGUAUUGAUGAAGGAGAGAGCAUAACUGAUAAGAAAUAUAAAGUGGGCACAUACUCUGAUGGUGCUAAUGUUCUACCAUUGACUGGAUUGUAUGGAGAGAGGAUUGUAUUGCCUCACUCGCUGGUACAAGGCCUAAGACUAUUUUUCACUGUCAUAUCAGUCAAUGAGGAUGGAGAUACAACUCAAGCAGAGUGUCAGUUGUCAACUUAUGAUUCUUCACCUCCGCUGGGUAGCGUAGUACCUGUAGCAAGUUUCACGAGUCAUCCUAACCAGUUCUUAGUCUUCCUCUCAUUGUUUGAUGAAGCUCAGCUACUUGAGGAGCAAGAGAUUGCUAUUGGAACUGAGGCUGGAGCUGAUGGAAGUGAUAUUGUUGAUUGGACGACAUUUGAGCUAUCACUAAUCAACAAUGAACCUUUUGGGACUGGACUGGACCUGUACUCUUUCCCAAUGAGAGGAAGGCUAGUUAGUGACAUUAUUACAUGGCAUACUGACGUUGAUACUCCUACUGAUUGUGCUGAUCUCUGUACUUCUGACAGUUUCUGUCUCUCGUUUGAUCACUCUCUCGGUCAGAAACGUUGUGUCCUUCAUUCUACUAUCCUCGGUCCUUCCUCUGACAUCAGUGGUGUUCCGUUUUUGAAUUCCUUUAGUACGGAGUCUCUCAAAGUCUUCCAAGAUUUCUAUCAUUACGAGAAGCUUGGUCUCGGGAACUCAACCAUGUUCACUUUCAGUAACUUAACCCUUGAACAUCGAAGAACCUUUUAUGUUAACAUGAGACUGAGAGAUGCCCUUGGAUACACUAGUGUAGUAUCAUCAGCAGCUGUGAGGGUUGACCUGAGCCCUCCUUUCCCUGGCCUUAUUCUCAAUGCUGCUAGUGAUGCAUUGAGUAAUGAAGCCUGUGGCUUUAAUGUUGGGCAGUACUGCAACGAGUAUGGUCCUACAACACCAGUUGAUAAUCACAGGGUCAUUGUUGAUGGUACUGGAUCUGCCACUGUGUUCAAUGGUCCUAUACAACUAGUGGACACUUUAUAUACCAAAGCAAACACUUUUAUGACUGCUAAUUGGGAUGGUUUCAAUGACAGGGAGAGUGGUCUCAGAAGCUAUACCUGGUGCAUCAGUUCAGCCAGUAACCACACUUGUGACAUACUCCCUCCUACCGACCCUCACUCUGGCCUAUCGGAUCAAUAUUGGAGCCACAACGGUCUAGCCAAGACUGAUCUACUGGACGGAGAGUAUUAUAUAACAGUAGAGGUGAUUAAUGGAGUUGGGUAUGGUGGAUCAAUGGUGACUAUGGUACACCAUAGUGUACCUUAUAUUGUGGACACUCAACCUCCAGUCAUUGGAUCAUUCAGUGUUGUAUAUUAUGAUAUUAAUAGCAAUUUGCUUAAUGUCUCAUUUCUUAUUAGUGAUGCUGGUUCUGGUGUCCAUCAAGUGAGGAUAGGAGUUGGAAGGACACCAGAUGAUGUCAAUAUCUUUCCGUGGGCACUAGUAACAAGUGAUAGGGACAACGUACUCAAUACUGAAUCAAUAGAGGUGUAUAUACCUGAUGGAGUGAACGGUUGGGUCAAACUACAAGUCACUGAUAAUGUUGGCCUACGUGAGGGUGUGACAGUAUCAGAGCCAAUCAAUAUAGACAGGACUCCUCCACUAGUUGGGGCUGUGUAUGAUGCUCGCAUACACGAUGGGUCAAAUGUAGCAGGUGACGUCAACUAUCAAUCCAACAAUAGUCACAUUUGUGUCUCGUGGAGUGGAUUCUCAGAUCCAGAGUCACUAAUAGUCUCAUAUCAAUGGAGCAUCGGUUCGUCCCCAGGGAGCGAGAGCCUCCUUCAGCUUCAGAACUUGACAGAUGAUGAAGUCAGAGAGAGAUUAGCAUGUGAGGAUGUUGUUCUCAGUCACGGGAUGACUUAUUACUCAACUCUACUGGUCACUAAUGGAGCUGAUCCUCCAUUGAGCUCAAUGGGCUACUCUAAUGGAAUUACAAUAGAUACCAGUCCUCCUAUAGCUGGUACAGUGACUGAUGGAGGCUCUCCUAGUGGUGGCGAUAUUGACUUUUCAAAUAGUCUAACUGAUGCAUCCUUCCAUUGGAGUGGCUUCAAUGAUCCCCAGUCAUUGAUACAACAGUACACUGUACACAUAUACAGGCAGCCUUUAAACUCAAUGGAACCUAUAAUCAUUCAUUCAGAGACUAUAGAAGAUGGAAGCAUCUCUUCUUACUCUAGCAAUCACUUUAGUUUCUCUGCUGGGGAUAGAGUUUAUGCUACUAUAGUGGCAGUUAAUCAUGCAGGACUAUCUGUCAAUGGAUCAUCUAAUGGUUCUAGGAUUGAUGUCACUCCUCCAGUAUUGACUAGUUUAGUUGACGGGUUGCAAGAAGGCUCUGAUAUUUCUUACCAGUCCUCCACUCAGACACUCUCUGUCACUGGGUCUGCCACUGAUGAUGAGUCCAGCAUAGUCCAGGUGGAGGUUGCUUAUUUCAGAGUUCUUGAGGGAAUAAAGACACGAGUGUUUCCAGAUCCUGAUCUUGAAGAUGAUCCAACUUACGUACUUCCAUCCCUUUCCAUCAGUCACACUGCUACUGGACUGAGCCUAGUCAAUGGUGCUAAGUAUAUAGCCAGUGUUACCCUGAGGAAUGGAGCUGGAUUGAGCUCCACAUACGAAACUGAUGGUGUAUUCAUAGACUCUAGCCCUCCAGUAGUAACACUGGUGACAGUGUAUGGUAGCAUGAGUAAUGAGGAUCCAGUAAGCACCAGUCCUACAGAGCUAAGAGUUGAUUGGUAUGGAUCAGAUAUCGGCAGUGGCAUAAUCCAGUAUCUGGUCUCAGUCUUGAAUGAAGACGGGAGUGUUGCUGUACCUUCUAUUGAUUAUGGUGGAUCAGAGGGUAGCCUCAUUACUGGAUUGAACCUCACUGAAGGAAGCAGUGCCAGUGGUCCUUUUUAUAAAGUAUCUGUUGUUGCAGUUGAUGGAGCAAACUUGUCAUCCGUAGCUGUUGAAUCAAACUCAUUCUGGGUUAAUGCUCAGGAUCCAGUUGGUAUAGUUCAAGAUGGUUUUGAUCCUCAAGUUGAUGUCGAUUUUGUCGACGAAUAUUAUUCCGUCACUGCUCACUUCCGUGGGUUUUUCAGUGAAGACUGCGGAGGGUUUUCAGAUUACAUGUGGUCUGUUGGGACUUUAGAAGACAGGGAAGCUGUCCUACCCUUUACUAGGGAAGGGAUUGUCCUUACCAGCGAGGGAGCUGGAUCUGCUCAAAUAUAUCUUCCUGGUCUUGAAAGCUUUGACUCUACCCUGCUACUAGUGACAUUUCGUGGCAUCACUGGCUGCGGGUCAACUUUUGAUUCAGUGUCUGAUGGAUUCAUCAUUUAUAAAAGCCCUCCCUUCCUCUCCAUCAUUGAGACUGGCCCUUUCUCUAUAGAGAAUUCACUAAUAGCCGAUGCAGAGAGGUCACACGAUACUUACCAAUCACUAACGUCUUUCUCUUCUCUAUUUGAAGUGAACGGGUCCCUCAUAGGAGAAGGAGGCGUAGGAAGAGGACAAGAGAUUGAGAGUGUGAGAGUUAAAGUUGGUAGUUAUCCUAGAGGGGAUGACCUGAUGAAUGAGACUGAUGCUCUUGGAGGAGGAGGAGAAGGAGUGAGCAGGUAUUAUAUUCGUGAUGAGCUAAGAGGAGGCGAAGGUGUUCCUAACUAUGUUACUGUGACUGCAAUCAAUUCUGCUGGACUGUUGAGUGAAGCUAUCAGUGAGCCAUUGGUGCUUGAUACAAGCUUACCACCUAAAGGAAAGAUCACUUGCUCUGAAAUAUUAAAGUCAUCAUGCACAGAUACCACUCCAGUCUCGUCAAUACAACUGAUAUGUCAAUGGACUGGUACUAUUGAUCUACAGAGUCCAAUACAGGGCCACACCCUCUCAAUAUCAACCGACCAAUCAGACCAUUCGAAGAUACUUUCCCGGGAGAUCCCAGGUAACGAGCAGUCGUUUGUGUCCCCAGUACUCAGUGCUCGAACCAGUUCAGUUUAUUACGUAACACUAUACGUUAGGAAUGAGGCAGGUCUUACUAAUAUACUGAGUACCAGUAUCAGUAGUGAGUGCAACAGUACGGGACCCAUUGGGGCUGGUGCUGUUAGUGUUAGACCUAACAUUGCUAGUGGUGGGUAUGAUGGUGAGACAGUAACAGAUAAAGUCAUUGAUUGGUCGAGUAGUGCUGUUUGCCUGUGGAACACUAACUCUCUUCUUAUCAGUUUCAGUCCAUUUACUGGUGACGAGAUUAGUGAGUAUCAGUUAGGAAUAGGGAUCUAUCCUUCUGCUGGUGAUGUGUUGAAUUUUAGUUCUAUUUCUCCCUACCUGCAAUCAGGAUUAUACGAGUAUCAGCUUGAUCUACUGACUAUUGAUUCUGAUAUUAGAGGCCCGGUCUAUUUUACUAUAAGAGCUUUUAAUGCUAGAGAUCAAUACGCUGAUAUUAACUCUGAUCCGAUUUAUAUCAAAUCAGAUUCAAACAGCAUCAGUUCAAUGGUAUACGAUGGUCCAGAUCCUCAGUCAGAUAUUGAUUUUCAGCCAUCACUUGCUUAUUACAGUGGCAGCUUUCAUUAUGGAGUUAAUUGUCCUCUUAAAUCCCUUCAGUGGGGGCUGGAAGGAGCUGAUGGGCUGAUGGUUAAGAAUAUGAGUGAUGUCUCACUAGUAGAUAGUGAGGAGCUAGAGACUGUGUUCACAUUUAGCAGUAAUCAAGUUGACCUUCAUAAUGAUGAGACAUACAGGAUUGUAGUGAGAGGUGUUGAUUAUACCAACGUGGUUCACAUAUUUAGGAGCAAUGGCUCCGGAGCAACGCUCCAGCAACUCCAGCCUGGUUCAGUCUCUGACGUGAGCUCGCUGGAUCUCAGAUAUCAAGAACCACUCACCUCCAUAUCAUUCCGUAUCUCUGGCUUUGGAGACGGAAGCCCCGAGCAAGAGGUCUCGUACUACGAAGCGGCACUUGGCUCAAAUUCCGAGUACUCCAGCACUAGGUCUGAUAUUAUUCCUUUCACGUACAUUGGUCUAAAUACGAGCCAUGCUUUCACUGGUCUCAAUCUAGUCUCUCAAUCACAGACAUACUACGUUACUGUUCGUGCUCAUUCUGUCUCUGGUUCUGUAGCUCAAGUCACAUCAAAUGGUUUCAGGCCUGGCUAUGGCUCACAGAUACUAGCUGGUAGGAUAGUACAGCCUUUGUUCCAAUCCAACACCACUUACCUAAGAGUUUGGUGGGAAGGAUUCCAAUCUGAUGUACCUAUACUGUCAUACGAAUGGGCAGUAUCUAGUAGAAUCCUCAACAAGUCUCUGUUGUCUUCUUUUUGUGAUGAUUUUUCUGAUGAUCACUCAGAUCAGUUUGUCCAUGGUUUUGAGAAUAUUGGUACUAGCAGUUUUGCAGCUUCGACUAGACUCUCCCUCUCACACAAUGUUUCCUAUUAUGUAGUUCUGCGUGUACUUGACGAGGCUAGCAAGUGUAAGGCCUUUAUAUCAAACUCACCAACACUCAUUGAUACCACACCUCCUAAUCCACCCCCAACUUCAACACUAGUCGGACCAAUUGAAUCAUACAGUGUUAGCAGAGAUCAGUAUAUUGCUUAUAUCGGAUCAUAUCAGUCAUUAACACUGAUUUGGGAUCAGUUCACUGAUUUUGAGAGCUCUGUUGAAUCAUACAGUGUUGGCCUGUUUAUUCUUGAGUCUUGUGGUAGCGAAGGUUUUUCGUUGGGACCUUUGGUUGUAGAUUAUGUUCCUGUGGAACAGAGCACCUCGUACACAUUUGCAUCUCUUAAUUUGAGUCCCAAUGUGACAUACGUUGCUAGAAUACAAGCAAGAAAUAGAGCUGGUUUGACUAGCUAUAAACUCUCAGAGCCAGUAAUGCUAGACUACUACACAGUGACCUCAGGUACUGUUAAAGAUGGUAGGGAUUGGAGCAAUGAUGCUGUAUUUCAGAGUGACAUUACAAGCCUCUCUGGCAUAUUCUCAAUCGCUUUCUCUCAGCCUGAGUAUGAUGAAGAGAGGAGAGGAUUAGAUGCUAACAGUCCUUGCCCUACUAGUCAUUAUUAUUCACUAUCCACUCCUAGUUCUGACUGGUCUAGUCAGCCUCCAUCCAGCACAGAUGGGCUCUUGUCAUCUUCCAUUCGUUAUGAAGCUGGUCAGACAAGCAAUGAAGGAAAUGGUACAAGGAUCAAUGUUGAUAUCGAUACUACUAGGAAGCAAAUGAUUUCUGGCCUGUAUAGUACGGAACUAAACUCAACCCUUGAAUGGAACACUGUCUCUUUAAAUAUCGCAUCAAAUAACGGUGACAGUGUUUUGAGACCACAUAUGAUAACAUCAGUCUUGUUUAUUGAUGCUAUGUCUGACGGUCUCCUUGUUGCUCAUGAUCAACCUUUCUCAUCUUCGUUCAAAGCAGUUGGUCUCCAAUUGAAUCAUAACCAUACAAAUGGGCAAGGAUCUCAUAUAGUACUCUGGUCUAAGGAUGGGAGUGGGUCUGAAGUUCAGUCUAUUGCACGUAAUGUCAGUUUAAACCUCUCAGAAACCCAUCGCUACAAGUUUAGAUUCACAGCCGAGACAUUAGGACUCUCCUACAGGAGGAGUGUUGAGUUAUAUAUUGAUGAUACACUGUAUGCUACGCUCUAUGGAAUACCAAGCUUCACUGAUAGUGUUAGGAUGACCCUACACAUGUUCAAUCAUAAUGGCUAUGUUAUUCCUUGUGACUCUGCUUGUGCUAGUGAUACUCCUCAAGUUUAUUCAAUAUUUUCGAGUGUUUCGGUUCAUAAAGCAACAGGGAGUGUCUGCGAUUAUGGAGAUCCUUUUUACAGCUGGAGUGCACCAAUCAUUAGACUAGAAGCAAGCGUAGGGACUCAGCCAGGUUCUACUGAUGUCAAAGAUUUUGAGGUUGUUUAUAAUCCUUGUCUUCCCUGUCAGCCUAUACCAUGCUAUCAAUAUGCCUGUAACAUCUCAUGCCCUGGGGAUGAUGAUCCACUAACUCUAUCCUUUACAUUUGCUUACACGAAUGAAGAGACUGAGCUAUACAGUGGCAGCACUCCUAGCAAUGUCCCUGUACCUGACGAGCCUGUAAUACUAUCACUACCUCACACUCUAUCACCAACUGUUUAUUACAUUAAUGUAAAAGCUACAUCAGCUUCAGGUCGAACCGCGACGUCCUCAUCUAACGGGAUCCUAAUUGAUGUAACCCCUCCCUCUCUCUCUCUACCCAUCUUGCACUAUGAUGUGGCCUUCUCCCUCACUCAACCAACAAACUAUCAAGGGAACAAUCACACGGUCUCGGCUAGCUGGGGCUUUUAUGAUGAUGAGAGCGGAAUUACCGAGUACCUCUGGGCAAUAGGGACAGAGAGGUUUGGUGAAGACAUUCAAGAAUAUACAAGUGUCGGUUUAGAUAAUCAGGCAUAUAAUGACAGUCUUGAGGAUAUACUUGUCCCCAAUACAGUAUACUAUGUAUCAGUAAGGGCAAGGAAUGGAGCAGGUCUUACCAGUACCUACAGCAGCAGUGGGAUCACUUAUCUUCUUAUUGAGCUCAACAGGACAAUGCUUGAUUUGUUGGUGAUUAUUGAUCACGUUGAUGCACUGACCGGUAUCAGACUUAAUGGAAUAAUACAAACUGUGUUUAAAGGUGAUAGGGAAGACAGUGCUGGUGUGGAGUGGACUGGUACCCCUCCUAAUAUAUCAACAGUCUACUGGUAUAUUGGAAGCGAGCCAUCACAGACUGACAUUCUCCCAAGACUUGAUGUAAGCUAUGAUGAUGCCCACUCUGCUUUAUUGAGAAGUGGCAUACUCUAUCUUGAUGGACUUGCAUUCAGUAAUAUAUCUGACUUAACUGCUAUAGCUGAUGGGACAGACCCCAGUACAACUGGUCCUUUAUAUUUUGAACCUGGGAGACCUUUCUUUCAUACAAUAGAGUUUUGUACCUUUGCUCAUAACUGUGAGACUAGUGAUCCAAGAGCUGCCAUUAUCAUCAGGCAGAAAGAUGCUCAGCAUGAAUCAAAAUUAGGAGAAGACAUAUCACUGUCACUAUACCAGAUCAACCCACUCACAACCAAUGCCUCCAUACUUGAUGAUAACUACACACUGAUCAUUAACACUAAUGGUGGACUCCAGACUGGAACUAUGCUUUAUGCUGGUUUUCUAUCAGAAGCUGAUGUGACGAGAUCUUAUAGAGUGAAUGUCCCUUAUAUCAGUAAUCCUUACACCACUAUUGAUCAAACGAGCCGCUCUAUUGCUAGAAGAUUGACUGGAGUAGGCGGACCAAGUUUCUAUGUAUCAUUGCUAGGGCAGGAUAAUCUUGAGGGAGAGCUCGCAAUUAAUGUAACCUUUGAUACAGGACUUGAUUGGUCAGAGUCAGAGCCUAUACUAGUGUAUUGGGACAUUGACGAAAGCAUAUGGAGAGAAGUGAAGAGUACAUGUGGUACUGAGUCCAAGGUUGACUUUAUGACUGGAACUAUCAGUGUAGACGUAACCUGCCCGAAUAAUAUACCUGUAUUUGAAUGUGGCGGUAAUCCUUGUGAUGGUGCUAGCUGUCCAGGUUAUCCCGAUGCACUGUGCAUCCCGGAUUAUUGUGGACACUGUCAUGCUCUGUGGUAUGCUGGAGGAGAGAGGGUGACAUGCUCAGCUGCUGACCCUAAUGUGUGCAAGAAGCCUCAAACAGCGUUAGCGGAGCCGACAUGCAGCACGGUUGACUGCCCCUGCCCUGUUGAGCACUAUACCUGCCCACAAGACUCUGUCUUCAUUGAGACCCGCUCUGACUUAUGCUGCGUAACCUACUCCUGUCAAUGUCCAAGCAUAUCCUGUCCUUAUUUGAUGGAGUGUGGCCACGGGCUCCAGCCAAUACCCAACUAUUAUGGUGGAAGAUAUCCAGGGAGAUGCUGCUCUGAAUAUUCUUUUGAAGAUAUUGAUGAAUGCCAUGACCCUAACAUUAAGACCUGCUCUGAUAUCUGUAUCAAUGAGAGUCCUUUCUUCUCUUGUGCUUGUCCCACUGGGAAAACACUUGCCAGUGAUGGAAGAACAUGUGGAGUGUGCUAUCAUGAUGGUCUUCAGUACUUGUAUGGGGAUACAGUUAAGAUUGGCUGCAAUUGGUGUGUUUGUGGCUCUGAUAAACUGAGUGGUGAGAGAUGGUCUUGCAGAGCUGAUUCCUGUGUCACUGGCUGCUAUCAUAAUGGAUCCCUCUACCCUCCUCUCUCUUCAAUACUCCUCCCAUCAACCAACUGCACUUGUGUCCUCACUGAUAAAUCUGCUGAGUGGUCUUGUACUCUGGUACUUUAAAUACAUUACAUUUUAAAGGACUUCUACUAUUAAUUUUUUGCAUACAUUAAGUUAACAAACGCUGCUUUUACCUUUAUUACUAUACAGCCCAAUGUUUUUAUAUAAACACCUACAUUUUUAUUAACUACAUUUUAUUUUUAUGGAAA